CGCAUUUCGCAAGGUAUCGGUAUUUCGCAGUCCCGCAAUUUGCGGGAGUUCCGCCGGCUUAUCGCAUUGACGAAAUUGGAAAAAUUGUAGUCGAUAAGAGGUAGUAUCGACGGCUUUAAUGUCCGACCGAAGUUCAGCUCGGGGAGCAUUAGGCCUUCAGUUUGGCUGACUUAAUAAGCCUGUCAGUUUGACUAACUGGCUGGGAUUAAUUGCAAAAAUUAGCUCUAUAUCGGACGAAAAAAAAUAGCGUCUUAAGCGUUUCAGUAAGGUCCAGGCGCGUAGUGCUCCAACUGUAAUUCGCGCUAAACAUUUAAGAGUAUAUUAUCCCCAUACUUUUAACCGGUGCUUGAUAGCACUGCAAAGCGCUUAUACUGGGAAAUGGAGCCCGGAGAACCGUCAGGAGCGUCACCAUUACGAGAAAAGUCAAAAGCGGAGGAGGAUAGCGCGGUCGCUCAAGCUCCCGAAAAUGGGGAGACAGUUCGUGAAGACAAGGAAGAAAAUUGUGCUGCUAUGCCAGAAGGAAAAACGGAGGGGGGUAAAUUGGAGGAAGGGAAGUCUCAAGGCGAGGCCCCGUUAAGAGCAGACACGACUUUGGCGGAGUCUGGGGAGAAGCCGCUGGAGAGUGUGACUGAAAGGAAGGGAGCCGGUGCUGGUGGGGAGCAGGGGAGACUAAGUGACAAUGAUGAGGGUGCCGCAACGGGGGGUUCUCAAGGGCCUGCUUCGAGGAAUGAGGGGGAAGUGGGGGAAAAGGAGGGUAAGGCCGAGACGGAGGGUGGACGAGAGAGAAAGGAAAAGAGAGAAGGCGAGAAGGAGGCUGGAGAGGGUGCGGAAGGGAAGGUGAUACCGGGGGGAGGUUCCACCUUGCAAGAGGAUGGGCCAGUGCAAGCGGAGGGUGAAGCGGAGAAAGGAGGGGAUGGUGAUGGUUGUGAUGCGGCUGCGAUGGAAGUGGAUACUCAAGCAGGAGUGACUAAAGCAGGGGCGACAAAAGCGAGUGUGACUGAGGCGGAGGGUACAGGGAGGGAACAGGGUUUGGAGUCAGGGGCGGAAGGGGGAGGCGGUGUUGGGGUGGGAGAGAGGCGAAUAGGGCUGGUGGGAGGAAAAAUGGUGGGAGAAGUGGAUGGGAAGAGGGUGGAGUCCGGGGAUGGGGAGGAGGGGAAGGGUGAUCAGGCGAGGAAAGGGGAUGAGGGCGUUAAGGGAGAGGAAGGCAGGGAGGGGGGGGAGGAUGUGGAGAUGAAGGAGGGGGGUAACGAGGGAGAGGCGGGUGCGGGGGGGAAAGAGGAGAGUGAGGGGGAGGGUGCGGAUACGGGUGAGGAGAAGGGUCAGGAGAAGCGCGAGGGUCUCGUUGACACUGGCAAGGAGCGUAGUAACGAGGGUCAGGGGGCUGAAGUAGACGUGACUAUGACGAAUGGGCCAGCCGAGGGAGGAGAGGAGGGCGCGAUGAACGGUGUAGGGAAGAAGGGGAGGUGGGAUUCGGGCAAGAAAGCGGAGAGCGAAGGAGCAGGAGGACAGGUGCAACAGCGGGAGCAGGGGAAUGGGGAGAUGGAGAAGCCUGAGGAGGGAAAAGGGAAGAUGGAGGAGCAUGAGGAGGGGCGGAAAAAGGGGGAGGAGGAGAGAAGAGUGCAGAGAGGUGAGGAUGGUAUGGGAGAGCAGCAGAAUGGGAACGCAGAGGUGGAAGGGGAGAAGCAGGGCGAGGUAGGAGAAAAGGAAGGAAAGAAGGUGGAAGGGGAAGGGACGAAGGUGGAGGAAGAGACUAUUUUUGAGGCGCCUCAAAAAGAGACGGAGGAGCAAGGGUACACGCAGCAGGGUCCAUUGGAGUCGUCACAGCCAACCACUAACACUGAUUCUUUUGUAACUGCUGACACUGCUACAGAUGCUGCUGCCACUGCUACAGAUGCUGCUGCCACUGCUACAGAUGCCACCACUACAUAUGCCACCGCUACAGGUGCUAAUACUACAGAUGCCAAUGCUGCGUAUGCCAAUGUUACAGACCGUGGGACGGCAGGUCUUAUCGCCACAGAAUCUGCUGCUACAGCUGCCAAUGCGGCAGGUAAAUAUGUGGCCGCUACAGCCGCCCCAGGCAGCCCCCCUACCAGUGGGCUGCUCCCAGUGCCAGCAGAGCAGCAGCAGGCGUUGGAAACGCAGCUUCCAGAAGCAGCAGCACCAGCAGCAGCAGCGCAGCAGCAGGAGGCCAUGGAAGCACAGCUCCCAGUGCCGGCAGAGCAGCAGCUGAUGGACCUGCGUCUGCUCGCGCUGCAGAAUGCGGUGCUGCCCCCCCACGAGCAGGGGGAGAGCGCUCAGGCGGAGACUCAUGAUUCCCCGACUCAGAAGGCAACGGUGCCAACAAUGCUUUCAGAGCAGCAGCAGCAGCAGCAGCAGCAGCAGGAUGAGGUGAUGGAAACACAGACUCCAGAAGCAGCAGCACCAGCAGAGCAGCUGCAGCAGCAGCAGGUGAUAGAAACGCAGCUCCCAGCAGCGUUAGAAGCAGCAGAGCAGCAGCAGCAGCAGCAGCAGCAGCACGAGGUGAUGGACAUGCGUCUGCUAGCCAUGCAAAACGUGGUUCUAGUGCAGGCAGCGAACGAGGAAGAGGAGAUCGACGUGCUGGAGGUGGACGAGGAGGAGGAGGAGGAGCUCAAGAAGCAGAUGGGCGUGGGGGAGGGCGGACCCGUGGAGUAUAUGGUUCUAGGGGAGGGAGGAGCUGGGGAAGGGGGGAUGGUGGGGGAUGGGGGGGUGGGGGCGGGGCAGGAGGGUGCUACUCCUGGGGGUGCAGGUUUGUUGGCCCCAGAACACCUGCCGGAUGCUGCUUCAGGUGGAAUCUUAGGUGCCGGGAUCUUAGGUGCAGCAGCCUUGGCGGGUGCAGCAGGUGUGGAGCCAGCAGGUGGCGAAGUUGCUGUUGGGUCAACAGGCUUGGGAUCAGCAGGCGUGGGGUCGACUGGGUCACGAGACGAUGACAUGGUGGCUUCAACCAUUCUAGGCCUGCUGCCCUCCCUCUGCCCCUCCACCCCUGCCGCUGCUGCCCCUGCUGCUGCUCCUGCUGCUGCUGCCACCCCUCCUGCUGCUGCUGCCUUUGCAGGUGGUGCUAGUGUUGCCGCUGGCAGUGGUGAUGCGGCGCCUGAGGUGUUGAGGAGCGGACAAGAACAGCAGCAACAGCAGGAGGAGGCGGAGAACGGGGGGGUGUUUGCUGCCGCCACCACCCGUUCGCCUGAAGGGCGGACGGGGAAGAAAGGUGCAGAUUCUGUGAAGGAUCAGCAGCAACAGCAGCAGCAAGCAGUGGGGGGGCUGUCGACGCGGAAGCGGAAGCUGCAGCAGCAGGGGGAGAGGGCGGAUGGGGAUGGUGCUCCGUCUCCUGUAUAUGAGCCCUUCGACCCUGCUCUCCCUGCCUCCCUCCAAGGCAUCACUCGGCGCACGCGCCAUCGCACCACACGUCCCGCCUCACGCCUGCCGCUCAUGGCCUUGGACGGCCACUCCGCGCUGCUCUCCCCUCCACACCCCUCCCUCCGCAACCAAACCCAAAACCACGAUCAGCAGCAGCCGCGGCAGCAGCAAGAUUCACCGGUCUCCCCUCCUGCUGUUCCUGCUGCUGCUCCUGCUGUUCUUCCUCCUCCUGCUGCUCCCCCUGCUGCUGCUGCUUCUCCUGCGGGCGUAACGGACAGCAAGGAGGGAGUCCUAGGCAGAGGGCGGCGAGCAUCCACAGGCUCGGUGCCCGAAGCACCACUUGACUCUCCAGCUCUGGACGGGCCCGCCUCAGGCCCAGGCGAGGGCUCUGGAGCAGGGGGAGCAGAGGAGACCGUGGGGGCAGGGGAGGCCGCUGCCCCGGCCCCGGCUUCUGCACCGGUGCUGCAGGCUUACCACCGGAGACGACAGGAGCAGCCGCUGAUCCGCUUCUCUAUAAAGAGCCUCUCAAUGCCCGAGCUUUCAGUCUGCCUGCCAGAAACUGCCACUGUUGGUGCGCUCAAGCAAGCUGUAGUAGAGGCAGCUCUAGCCUCUUUUGGCAACGGGCUGCGCCUGCGCAUGGUGUUACAGGGUAACCGCUGCACGGAUGACCAUUCCUCCCUGGCUGACGUGGGCCUCUCGCACGCAGCCCUGCACCAGCAGCAGCAGCAGAAGCAGGCAGCAGCAGCAUCCCUCAGCUUCAUGCUCGACCCAGACCCGGUUCUGCUCCCGCCCCCUCCGCCUCCUCCCGCUGCUACAGCCGCUGCUACAGCUGCUGCCAAGCAGGCUGCAGCUGCGGCUGCUGCGGCAGCUGCUGCUGCUGAUCCCGAUCCGCUGUUGCUGCUGUCGCCUCUGGCUCACCCUGGGGAUCCGGGCCUUGCUGCUGCUGUGGCGGCGGCAGCUGCUGCUGAGGGGAGGAAUGGGGAUGCUCCGCUGGUCCCUGCUGCAUCCCCAUCCCACGCCUACCCUUCUCACAACACCCGAUCAAGCUUUGCAGCAGCAGCCGCCGCCGCUGCUGCUGCUGCCGCUGCCGCAGCAGCCGCUGCAGCCGCAGCAGCAGCACCAGGCAGCGCACGCAGACACUCAAGCCCUUCCACUCCCCUCCACCCAUCCUACCUCUCCCCCUCCUACCCUUACGCCUCCGCCUCUGGUCCUUUUACUCCAGCUUCCGCCCCUCCUGCCACCACCACCACUACUCCCACCACUAGACAUGCAGCAGCACAGGCCUUAGCAGCGAUUCGCGCACAGACAGAGCACGAGCCAGGGGAUGGUGUGGGAGGAGGGAGAAACAGGAGGAGGAGACGGAACGAUGACGAAGAUUACCAAGAGGGGGAGGAGGGGGAGGAAGAGGAGGAGGAAGAGGAGGAAGAGGAGGAGGAUGAGGAGUAUGAGGAGGAGGACGAGGGGUUCCGGCUGCCGUUUGGGCGGUAUGCUAAUAGCGGGUAUGCUUCUAAAGGGGCGCAUUCCGGAGCCCUCAUCCUACACCCAUCCGUAUCAGGCAGAGGAAGAGGCAGAGGCCGAGGGGGAGGAGGGGGAGGGGGAGGGGUGGGAGGAGGGGCGUUGUCGUAUGCGGGGAGAGGUGGAGGGGGGGAGAGUGGAGCACUGGUGUUGCAUCCGCAGCACAUGCAGAGAGGGGGCGUGGGGGGGGCAGGGGCAGGGGCGAUGAUGGUGCACCCACGGGGAAGGUCAGCGGCGGGGCUGCAGCUCAUUGAGCAGAGGAGGAGGAUUCGGCGGCCGUUCACUGUGGGGGAGGUGGCGUCCCUGGUGGAUGCAGUGGAGGUGCUUGGCACUGGCAGGUGGAGGGAUGUGAAACUGAGGGCUUUUGCCACUUCAAAGCACCGAACAUAUGUGGACCUCAAGGACAAGUGGAAGACGCUGUGCAUACGGCUCAGAUCGCGCCACAUCAGCGCAGGGGGGAGCCGGUGCCACAGGACCUGUUGGAUCGAGUGGUGCAGGCACAUGGGUACUGGCAGGAGCAGCUCAGAAUCCAACGCGAGGAAAGAGACUCGUAACAAGAAUUCACCAACUGCACUCGUAUGCAUCCAUAAGCGAAGUUAAUUUCAUUGCAAGUAGGCUAAUUAACACCAUCUCACUAAGGGGACAUGGACUUGUCAGCAUGUGGGGUGAUGUCUUCUACACCGUAAUGGAAUGCACCAUCCCUCUCUACACAGAGGGAUGCAUGCACUGGUAUGGUACUUAGCUAAGCAUCCGACGGUUUGUACAUUGGUAAUGUACGAGUACGGCUCGACAUAGGCUUUGUUCUUUGUUGCAACACUUGUUAGACUAACACCCAUUGGCAAGCUAGCCUGCAAUCCCUGACCCCUGACCCAUUUAGCAACUAGCAUAGUGACACUAAGAAGUGUGUAUCGUAUUUUUGCAUUUUCGAGU